UGUAAGAGAGUCACGUGGUCUCAGUCAAGUUUCCGUGUUUACAGAGCUCAGAAAUCCGCUGCUGGUCGUCGGUGUUGAGUUUAUGAAGAGGAUGCUGCAGUCAUGGCCUUUUUAAAGACGCCAGAGCGAACCAAAGAGAGGUUUUCUCUCUUGCUGCUGGAUUUGGAAGAAUAUUACUUUGAGCAGCACACUGCGUACCAUGUGACGAGCAGUUCAAAAAAGGACAGAAAAAUCAGAGGCUCAUUCAAGGUUUGUUCCAGAUCGAUCAUAUUUGAUCCAGAGGAUCUCGAAGAGCCAAUUCUAAAGAUUCCUCUACGAGACUGCAAGAAGAUAGAGUUUGUGGAGAAGGAGAACAACCCUUUUAACGAGCCUCGACCAUCAGCCAUAUCUGUUUCAAGUGGACAGAUCAUUUACAUCAAAGAAAGCAAUGUCAUAGCACCUUACAGAAACGACAGGGGAGCAAAGAAAAUAACCUUUCAGCUGGAAGUGUGGAAUAAAACUGAAGAUGUUGUCCAGACAUUACUGCAGCUCCACAGGGCGUCCUGUCUGGAAAAACUUGGAGACCAGACUGCAAUGAUUGCUGCCAAUCUGCAGUCACGUCUGGCGAGGUCAUCAUUUGACAAAAACUGCUUUCAGAGUGUUGCUGAGAAGCCUCACAUGGAGUGUCCAGUGGAGAUGGUCCUGCCUCUGGUGUGCAAUCCAGGCCACGUCUGCAUAACAGAUGAAAACCUCUACUUCCAGCCUCUCAACGGAUAUCCGGAACACGUGAUUCAAAUCAAGCUGCACAGAGUCAGGAGAAUCUACAAAAGACGACAUGGUCUGCGGCCCCUGGGUCUGGAGGUUUUCUGUACUGAGAAUGAUUUCUGCUCAGACAUCUACCUGAAGUUUUACAACACCGCUGACAGAGAUGAGAUCUAUUACUACAUCGCCACUUUCCUGGAGAACCACGUGACGGAGCACACAGCAGAGAGUUACAUGUUGCAGUGGCAGCGCGGUCAUCUCAGCAACUACCAGUAUCUCCUCCACCUCAACAACCUGGCCGACCGCAGCUGCAACGACCUCUCCCAGUACCCCGUCUUCCCCUGGGUCAUCACUGACUACAGCAGCUCUCAGUUAGACAUGACAAACGCUGCCACAUUCAGAGACCUGAGCAAACCUGUGGGUGCCCUCAAUAAAGAGCGUCUGGACAGACUGCUGGCUCGCUACAGAGGCAUGCCCGAACCUCGCUUCUUGUACGGAAGUCACUACUCCUCUCCAGGCUACGUCCUUUUUUACCUGGUCAGAGUUGCUCCAGAGCACAUGCUGUGUCUCCAGAACGGCCGCUAUGACCACGCAGAUCGCAUGUUUAACAGCAUAGGUGAAACGUGGAAAAACUGCUUAGAAGGAGCAACGGACUUCAAAGAGUUAAUCCCAGAGUUUUAUGGGCAAGACUCCAGCUUCCUGGAAAACAGACAGAGUCUUGAUUUGGGUCGGAAGCAGAAUGGAAGCUUAGUUGGUGACGUCAUUCUCCCGCCGUGGGCCUCAGAUUCCAGUGAUUUUCUUCAGAAGCAUAAGGCAGCGCUGGAGAGUCAGUAUGUAUCAGAGCACCUUCAUGAGUGGAUAGACCUGGUGUUUGGCUUUAAACAGAGAGGAAGUGAAGCUGUGGCAGCUCAGAAUGUCUUUCACCCGCUAACCUAUGAAGGCGGCAUCGACUGUGACAGCAUUGAGGACACUGAUCAGAGGAUCGCCAUGCUGACGCAGAUCCUGGAGUUCGGCCAGACACCCAAACAGCUGUUCACCAGCCCCCACCCUCAGAGGAUCACACCGAGAUUUCAGAACAUCACACGAAGCCCCAGCAUCAACUCACCCGUCAGCGACACGUCUCCAGCCUCUCCGAGUGAGGAUUCGUCGUUUGAAGAUCUGACUGAGGAGAGCAGGAAGUUGGCUUGGACAAACAUGGGGAGUUUGAAAGUCAUUUCCAGCCACAAGAUCCAUAAAGAAGCUGUUACGGGAAUCGCUGUGACUCGAGAUGGAGCGGCUAUUUUCUCCACAUCCCAAGACUCAACGCUUAAAAUGUUUUCCAAAGACCUAAAGGACUUCCAGAGAAGCAUGUCCUUCUCUAACAUGGCAUUAUCAUCAUGUUUGAUGCUGGCAGAUGGUAAAACAGUGGUGUGUUCUUCAUGGGACAACAAUGUUUAUUUCUACUCCGUCCCGUACGGCAGGCGGCAGGACACGCUGAUGGGUCACGAUGACGCCGUCAGUGAUACGUGUUGGUUUGAUGACCGACUCUACACGGCAUCCUGGGAUUCCACUGUCAAGGUCUGGCAGUGUGCGUCUGACAGCUCAUCCAGUCACAAGAGAACCCAGUUUGAGUUGUUGGCUGAGCUGGAACAUGAAGCAGGGGUGAACACUGUUGCCUUGAACCCGGCGGGGACUCUGCUGGUGUCUGGCUGUAAAGACGGGACGGUCACUAUCUGGGACACCAGCAGCUACGGGACUCUGCAGCAGGUCCACUGCCACAAUGGAACCAUCCACCACGUGUCCUUCAGUCCUGACAGCCGACACGUUCUCAGUGUUGGUGCGGACUCCUGUAUGAAGGUCAUUGACGUCCAGACGGGGAUGGUGAUCUCGUCUGUGAAAGCUGAGGAGGAGCAGAGGUGUUUCUGCUGGGACGGGAACUCUGUGCUGUGCGGAGGUCAGUCUGGUGAUCUCCUUCUGUGGGACCUGCUCAGCAACACGGUCACCCAGAGGAUCCCUGCACACUCAGGUGCUGUCACAGCCAUGUGGAUGAGCGAGCUGUGCACCACGGUGAUCACAGGCGGGGAGGACAGACAGAUAAUCCUCUGGAAGCUCCAGAGUUAGAAGCAUCUCUGCAGAAUCCAGCUUCUGGUGAGAGGAAGGCUUCCAGUGCAAUAGACUGGACAACACAGGCCAAGUACCCUGCCGUCUACAUGACCCCACCACCGGACUUUCACAAGAGACUGUAAAAGUGCAGUGUGUCUGAGGAGUCAGUGGAGAUGACGACCACAAGUCUCCUCAUCCAAAACUGAACAGAAGGUCACAUCCAGUCAUGUUAGUCAUCAUCUGCUUCUUGAGAGAAAAUGUCCAAGUGCAGGUUUGUGCAUGAGAGCAGGAAGCUAAAACGGUGUACCCGCCUUAUUUUACACUUCUGUUUUUAGCUUGUUAUACAUUGCUGUGGAUUUUUUCCCCAAUUUAUUAUUUCUUAUGUAUCAUGUUACCUUCCUCCACACCCUCUAAUGUAGAAAGUGGGAUGAUUUAAUGGGUGGAUGGACCUUCAUUUGCUUUUUUUUUUUUUUUUAAAUUAGCUUUAUGUGCAUUUUAUUGUUUGAAGUGAACUUAAGGUAUCUGUCAGAGCUUGAUGCUGCUCAGGUGUUAUUACAAAAGCACAUUUACCUCUCAAGGCUGGCCCGUCUCAUUUUUUGGUGUCAGAUUUCAGUUUUCCUGAGUGGCACAAGUCGCAACCUUUUUUCAUUAUCUUGACAGAUGCAUUUUUUUCCUGUCUAGAAACAGUUGAUGCAGCGUUACCGAGUGAGUAAUUACAAUUACAUGGCAUUUAUUUUAAUAAACUGAAUACUAAUUGUGUUGCAAAAAUGGAUCAGAGGACAAAAAGUAAAAGAAAAAAAACAAAUUAUACAAUAUUUCAGCGUAACAAAAGUAUACGUUGCCUUCAAAACAAAACUUCUCAUCUAGCAGAGCUGCUCCAGUUUGCAGAUUGUCUGUGCCACAGUUUCCUCCAGUGUUGAUCGGCUUAAACGUAGGACAUGUAACCAAUCAGAUAGGGCUGCUUGCGGUACGUUGGCUUAGACCUCAGAGGUGGCUGAAUACGAGCCAGUGUAGUACACGUUAUAUGAAUUUAUAGUAUAGGGAUACAGUUAAAUGUAGUGACAAUGCAGAUAAUCAGGAAAAUGCUGAAUAUUGGAUUUAAUGAAGAACAGAGCUGAUGAUCAGUCGAUCUCUACUCAGAACCCAACUCACUGCUUCUGUGCUUCAGCUCUUAAUCUGUUUAACCCUCCUGUUGUCUCAUUUACGGCCACCAAAACAUAUUGUUUCCUUGUCUGAAAAAAUCCCAAAAUUCUGCCAAAAAAAAAAGCCCCAAAUUUCUGAAAAUUUGCAAACCUUCAGGAAGAAAAUUCCAAUAAUUCUUUGAAAGUUUCCCUUUAAAGUUUUAUUUUAAAAAGAAAUCCCCCAAAUUUGGCAAGAAAAUUCUUGUAAAUAUCUUCCCCCAAAAAAAUCCUAAAAAUAUCUAAAGUGAUUACAUUCACACACACACAAAAAAAAAAAAUCAACCAAAAUUCGCUGGAUUUUGGUUGAUUUUUGUGAAUGUUCUUAAACAUUUUUAACAUUUCUUUUUUCCCCACCAAAAAAUGCUCAAAGAUUUCCUAAAAAUGUUGAAAAUGUGGACAUUAGAGGGUUCACUGUGAAUUUAUUUUUUUCACAUUUUCAAACUUUAAACGGAUCAAUUUUGACCCGCAGAACGACACGAGGGUUAAAUCCUGAAGUCACACAGUCGGUGGUGCUCUUCACCUGGACUGUAACUACUGCUCAGUCUAACCUUCACUCCUUCCAAACUGUUCAAAAGCAGAGAAGCUCAACUAAAGCGAAUCUGAGGUAUAAAGCAACACAAUAUCAUCUAUUAAUAAUAUACCUGAGGACACAUUUUGUAGUAAACUUUGUUUUUUUAUUAUAAAAUGAAACACAAUUUCAAAAAUACAAACUUUAAAAUCAAGUUUGACUUUUAAAUUUUGCUCCCGACACUGAUCAGAGCCGUCAUAGCAGACUUUUCUGUCUCUACUAAGGAAUCUACAAAAGAUUAAGCGAACAUCAUUUGAUUGGAAUUCCAAAUAUUCAGCUUCAAUUGUGGUUGUUGCGCUAAAGCUGGUUCCAGUUGAUGUUUCUGCCGAAGAAUGUCACAUCGUACGAACGCUGAAAAUGUGCUAAACAUUGCAACGACUCAACUGUUUCACAUCUCUGCUUGUAAAUCUGAAACAUCACGAGCCCUCCAGUGGUCAGCGAACAGUAGAAUAUACAAACUGAGACGGCUGUGAAAUGGAGACGCUCAGGAAUACACAUCCUCUUCUUAGCUUUAAUCACUUUUCUGUGGACAAAAGACAGAAAGAGAAACAUUACAUUACUCCGCAGUUACUGGUUAAGUGAUGAGAAGACUGGAACUAAAUUCACAAAGAGCUGCCAUCGCUCUUAAAUCACAUCAAACUGUUAUUUCAGUGUGGAGACUCAGUGUAAAGGCUUUACCUUGAGUUUGUCCACGACUCCUCCUUUACGAAAAUUGCCAAAGGCUUUGAGGAGCUUGGGUGUCGGUGGUUUUUGUCCAAACAGAGCUAUACCUUUCGGCUUUUCCUCUGGUUUAGCCCCUGCAGGACCUUUGGCUUUGGUCAGUUUCCUUUUCAAUCACAAAACAGACACCAUCAUUAUUGAGCUGUGUAUUUACAUAUAAUGUGGCAUAAAAAGGACUGACUGAUGCAUAAAAUCUUGAUUUUUUUUUUUUUUUAACCAACACUCAUCAUAAUAAAAGUUUUGCUUAUUGGUGACCAACCUGCCCUUUCUGGCCAGAACCUUCUGAGACUCUGGAUAGUGGACCAGAAUGUCAAACAGGUCUUUCUUCUCCAGGACAAAGAGGUUAGCAAAGCCGUGUGCUUUCACGUUAGCUGUGCGUCUGUUUCCUCCAUCUUUAGCAGACUGUAGUAAACUGAUUAGGCACAAACACAAAAACAAACCAUGUAUUCCAGUCAGGUAACUUUAAAUGAUUUCAAAGUAACAUUUUCAGUGACGUCUGGGCCUCCGAUCCCCCAAAACUGAAGUUUUGGGAUGAAAUUAUUGCAAAUAAAAAUAUCUGUUGUUAAAAUCUUGUUAAAUUUACUUUUAAGUUAACAAGCAGAUUUACCUGAGACAAAUGUUUAUUUCCUUAUACAAUGUUUAGCUUUAUCAUGCCAAGCAGUGUUAUCAAAACACUUACUGGUGAUAAAAUGAUGAAAACAAGAGAAGUACUCAGAAAAAUGACGUUACUCUGAGAACAGGCGUCUGUUAUGUACAGAUACCAAAUUGCGUGACCUAAAUAUGUAGCGGGAAUUGAUGGACUCGGAAACAGCACCACAAUUGAAUCAACUGUUCCUCGUAUAAUGUCAGAUGGAUAAGUCCCGAUAAGUCUGUAGUGGUGGAUUUGUAGUAGGAACGCAAUCAUGUGAUGUCAGCAGGCAGCUGAUGUAUCAUUCGCUUGUUGUCAUAGUAGCAGUGACACCGUGUCGCUAUCUGGCAAUGAUACAGAACUCUUUAACAAAUCCGUAGAUCCAGAUAAGUCACAUUACUACCAAAAUCUCAUCAGUUGGUCUUUGUGUCAUUUCUGGUUUUCCCUGAAAAAUUUCAUCCCAAAUCUGUUUUUGAGUAAUAUUGCUAACGGACAGCAUAACCGACGGACAAACGAACGUACGCUGAUCGUCACAUAACUUUGCUGUGUCCCUUGACAGAGUAAUGAACAUUGCACAUAAACUGCAUUAUUCUGUUCCAUCCUAGCUCUGUCCUCCAUGUCUCUGCAGACUAACCUGAUUUCUCCAAACACACAUCCAGCCUUCAGUGUGACAAACACUAUACUGUUGUCAGGUCCUCCCACCACCUGCACCGCUCCACUUUUAAUGAUGUACAUCUCUUUACCGAUGUCACCCUGCAGAGAAACACACAGGGCAGCAGCAGCACACAGGUCAGAGUUACACUGAGGUCAGAAAACGUUGCUGGUUGUGUCAUGCGUCAUUCUAGGACUGGAGGACAUUUUAUGUCCCACCCAACAAAUUUGAAAUAAUCCAUGUACAAAAUACUAAAACAUGCAGUUGUGUAAACUGACUUGUCCUAAGACCAAAUUUAAAAAAAAAAAAAAAAAAAGUGGAGAAAAGAAUAUUUGAAAAUAUUUUAAAAAUACCAAAUAAGUGUGAAGUUUCUCCUAAAAUGCAGUUUUUCUCUUGCCCCACCCCUCUGAUGACCAAAUUGAAUCUCAAAUAAAACAGUUGAAAUGCAA